ACGUUAACAGCGGGACAAGAAAAAAUAGCAGAAAUAAACAAAUGAAAAGAAGAGCAUGAUGGGACAUUUUCUGAUUCAUUACGAUUAAGAAGAAAAAGAAGCCUAAACGACGACGUUCGGAAUCCCCUCCGUAGGCAGAGACCGCGCUAGUGAGAGCCAAAAGGGGAGGGAAACGGACCAGUGACCGGUUCAUACCCAUCGGAUCCGAACAUACCGACAACCCGGUCACUAUCACCCCUCCCCCGAAACGAUGUCGUUCGCUCACCACCGUCGAACCCAAUCGGAGAUGCUUUUCCGGAUCAACGACGACUUUGACCUCGAGGUCGAUCUCUCUCCUCCGCAUUUCCAAGAUCCCACCCCGCCCAACCAAUCCGGACCCAAACCCGAAUCUCCGCCGCAUGAGACCGCCCGCUCGGGUCACCGGAGGAGUAAUUCCGCGGACACCUCUUCCUCCUCGCAGCUCGAAGGCAUUGAGGCCAAGAAGGCCUUGUCCCCCGAUAAGCUCGCCGAACUCUGGACCGUUGAUCCCAAACGUGCCAAGAGGAUUCUCGCUAACCGUCAAUCCGCGGCGCGCUCCAAAGAGAGGAAAGCUUGUUACGUGUCGGAGCUUGAAAGGAAAUUUCAAUCCCUUCAAACGGAAGCAACCACUCUCUCUGCUCAAUUAAGUCUUUUCCAGAGAGAUACAACUGGUCUGAGUUCUGAAAAUACGGAGUUGAAGCUUAGGUUACAAGCCAUGGAACAACAAGCUAAGUUGUGUGAUGCUCUAAAUGAAGCACUGAAGAAAGAACUUGAUAGGCUGAGGAUUGCAACUGGAGAGAUAGCAAUGCCCGCUGAUAACUAUGGCUUGGGAAUGCAUCAGCUUACAUAUUCUCAAGGACCGUUUUUCUCACAUCAGCCACAACAUGGGCAGAGUGCAUUUCAGGCCACGCAAAUGCCGCAGAUGCAUUCACUCUCAUCUAAUGUGUCUACUUCCAAUGAGCCUCUGUUUGAUCUAGACAUUCCCUAUGAUAUGUCCGAAAUGUUGUCGAAUGAAUCUAUCGGACAGUUUCAGGGGCUGGACAUAGGCAACGGGGUUUCUCAGGUUCUGAUCCCAGAUUAUCCCUCCAAUUUCUGUUAAUAAAAAUCAGCAAUGCCUUUUGGCUCAAAAUGACUGACCAACAUGUCACCAGCCUUUUUAUUGGAGUGGUCAUAGACUGGCUUGAGUGGGAUCUAAAGGUAUUAAUUUUUUUUUUCUAUUUAAUUAUUUAUUUUUUAUUUAUUAUGUGUUUGGGUUAGUUUAUCUUCAAAAAAUAAUCACCCUUUUGUUUUUCAAUUUUAGAACGAAAAACGUAAUUGUUUUCCUAAAGUAAGUUAAAACAAUAAAUAUCAGUGUUGCCUCCCCCCAUUCCAAUUAGGCUCCAUUUAUAGAGAUCAAAAUUCUGAGAUUUUUUUUUUGAAGUUAUAUGAUUCAUUCUAGUUUCUCCUUUCAUUUUUUUACAUUAAUUUGUAUAUGGGAAAAAUUGUAUUUACUUGCACCUUCCCGACAAUGUAUACACGUUUUUUCGCUUAGCAGAGAGUAGGUGUUUGUGAGAGUUUUCAUUUUCUACCAUGUUGCAGAAAGAAGCAUUUGUCAUAAAUUUUAAUUGGGACUAUUCAUACAUGGAUGGACCAUCUUGUUUA